AUGUCCGGGCCGGCAGGGCCGGAGCUGGGGAAGGAGAUGGCGGAAGGCGGAGGUUGCGGGCAGCGGCCGGACGCGGAGACCCAGAAAUCAGAGCUCGGGGCCUUGAUGAGGACGGCCCUUCAGCGAGGGGCACAAUGGUAUCUGAUUGACAGCCGGUGGUUCAAGCAGUGGAAGAAAUAUGUGGGCUUUGAUAGCUGGGAUAUGUACAAUGUGGGUGAAAACAACCUGUUUCCUGGCCCAAUAGAUAACUCCGGACUUUUUUCAGAUCCUGAAAGUCAAACUUUAAAGGAACAUUUAAUUGAUGAACUAGACUAUGUAUUGGUUCCUACUGAAGCCUGGAAUAAAUUAGUGAAUUGGUAUGGCUGUGUAGAAGGACAGCAGCCUAUAGUCAGAAAAGUUGUGGAACAUGGCCUGUUUGUCAAACACUGCAAAGUAGAGGUUUAUUUGCUGGAACUGAAGCUCUGUGAAAACAGCGACCCCACCAAUAUGCUGAGUUGCCAUUUCAGCAAAGCCGAUACCAUAGCAACAAUUGAGAAGGAGAUGCGGAAACUAUUUAACAUUCCUGAUGAGAGGGAAACAAGGUUAUGGAACAAGUAUAUGAGUAACACAUAUGAGCAGCUCAGCAAGCCAGACAACACCGUGCAAGAUGCUGGUUUAUACCAGGGGCAGGUCCUAGUCAUUGAGCCCCAAAAUGAAGAUGGCACAUGGCCGAGACAGACCCUUCAGUCCAAAUCAAGCACUAGCAGAGCUUUUACUACCUCUCCAAAAUCAUCAGCAAGCUCCUAUUCCUCCAUGUCUGCUUCUCCCAUUACAAAUGGUGAUAGUGCUAACUCUUCUGGUGUGCACAGCUCCAGUCUCAGCAGGGGAGGUUCUGGCUUCUCCAAUUCUUAUAGUUGCCGAGAGUCUCAAUCUCACACCCAGCCUGGGCUUUGUGGACUUGGAAACCUGGGGAACACCUGCUUCAUGAAUUCUGCUUUGCAGUGCUUGAGUAACACUGCACCAUUGACCGAAUACUUUCUAAAAGGUGAAUACGAGGCUGAAAUCAACCGAGAUAAUCCUCUGGGCAUGAAAGGGGAAAUUGCUGAGGCCUAUGCUGACCUCAUCAAACAGAUGUGGUCUGGGAGGAACACGCAGGUGGCCCCACGGAUGUUCAAAACCCAGGUUGGUCGUUUUGCCCCUCAGUUUUCGGGUUACCAGCAACAAGAUUCUCAAGAGUUAUUGGCCUUUCUUCUGGAUGGAUUACAUGAGGAUCUGAACCGUGUAAAGAAGAAACCAUACUUAGAGCUAAAGGAUGCCAAUGGCCGGCCUGACUUGGUGGUGGCAAAGGAAGCAUGGGAGAAUCACAGGUUAAGGAAUGAUUCUGUGAUAGUGGAUACUUUCCAUGGCCUUUUCAAAUCCACAUUGGUCUGCCCAGAAUGUUCUAAAAUUUCUGUGACUUUUGACCCAUUCUGUUAUUUAACUCUCCCCUUGCCCCUGAAGAAAGAUCGAACUAUGGAGGUAUUUUUGGUUUCUGCAGAUCCACAGUGUAGACCUACCCAGUAUCGAGUGACUGUGCCAAUGAUGGGGGCUGUGUCUGACCUGUGUGAGGCCCUCUCAAAGCUCUCCGGUAUUGCUGCUGAAAACAUGGUGGUCACAGAUGUGUAUAAUCACCGGUUCCACAAAAUUUUCCAAAUGGAUGAAGGUUUAAAUCAUAUUAUGACCCGGGAUGACAUCUUUGUAUAUGAAGUCUGCAAUACAACAGAUGAUGGAUCAGAAUGUGUGACUUUUCCAGUUUACUUCAGAGAAAGGAAAAUCAGGCAGACAAGCACAUCUUCUGGGACAGUUCUGUAUGGUCAACCAUUGUUAAUCUCUGUCCCAAAGCACAAAUUAACCCUUGACUACUUGUACCAGGUUAUCUGUGAGCGUAUCAGCCGCUACAUAAAACAUCCUUUACCAGAUGAUUCUUCUAGACCACACCUUGACAAUGCUACCUGCAAUGGUUCCAAUGGCAUUUGUGAAGGAGAAGAAGAAAUGGAACACCAAGAUGAAAGCAAAAGACAAACUACAGAAACAGAGACCUGUUCUUCAGAAGACCGUGUGGAACAUGAAUUGGGAAAUGAGACCUGUCAGAAUGUCCCGAAAAGAGGCAAAGGCCAGAACUGCAAAAAAAGGCUUUUUACCUUCAGCCUGGUGAAUUCCUAUGGCACCACUGACAUCAAUUCUCUUGCAGCAGAUGGGAAACUUCUUAAACUGAACUCUCGUUCCACAGUUGCCGUUGAUUGGGACACCGAAACCCGGUGUCUUCACUAUGAUGAACAAGAAUCAGAGGCUUGUGAUAAACACAGCAGUAUGCUCCAGCCUCAGAAGAAGAAAAAAACGACAGUGGCUCUCCGAGAUUGCAUAGAGCUCUUCACUACCAUGGAAACCCUUGGGGAGCAUGAUCCCUGGUAUUGUCCUAACUGUAAGAAACAUCAACAGGCCACAAAGAAAUUUGACUUGUGGUCCUUGCCAAAAAUAUUGGUGGUUCAUCUCAAGCGAUUUUCAUACAACAGAUACUGGAGGGAUAAACUUGACACAGUGGUUGAAUUUCCAAUAAGAGACUUGCAUAUGUCUGAGUUUGUCUGUGAUCCGGCAGCUGGCCCUUAUGUCUAUGACCUCAUUGCAGUUUCCAAUCAUUAUGGAGCCAUGGGUGUGGGCCACUAUACUGCAUAUGCAAAAAACAAACUGAAUGGCAAAUGGUAUUACUUUGAUGAUAGUAAUGUAUCCCUGGCCUCUGAGGAUCAAAUAGUGACAAAAGCAGCAUAUGUGUUGUUUUACCAGCGUCGGGAUGAUGAAUUUUAUAAGGCACCCUCACUCCCAGGUUUCCCUGGCCCCUCCGAAGCAGGGAAGAAAGGAAGGCGCUCCCAGGAUGGGCUGGAGGAGGAUGACAUGUAUAGCAUGGAUACCAACUGAAACUGCCUGAAGUCAUCCACUAUCUUAAAGAGUACCAUUGGACAUAUCUGGAACAUCUCUUGCACACUAAAAGCUGCCAGAUGUACAGACUGCCAUCUAUAAGGGAAAUUCCUUUUUUAUGGAACAGAAGAGAAAAAAAAAACCCUGUUUGCUCAUGAAGGGUUAUGUUGAGAGGCUGAAUUAUUAUUUUUAAAUACAAGUUGUGGGAAAGUUCUGUAAA